AUGCCUCUGUCUACAGAGUCGACACCGCUGUUGAACAACAGCGGUGCACGCCGACAGGAGACAGACAAGGAGGAACAGCACCAGGUCGGUCAGCUUCAAUAUCACCAGACUGGCCAAAUUGACCAGAUUCCUGUAGCUCUCGGUCAUGACGGCGGUAACACACAGGCCACUUGCUCGGUGGUUCCAGCGCCGUGGGUCAAAGGCAACUGCCGACGGGGCAAUCUACCAGAGAAGCAAAUUACCAAAGACACAAAAACAGGAGAAGACGAUGCCGAGUACUGCGUCUACACACACCCAUCAUUUAGCCAGGGGAUGGGUCUCUCGGUCAUCACCACCGCGAGCCGGCUCGGCGCCAUGGCCACUCGGCCUGUGUUUGGGGGAAGCGAAGAGACGCUUCCUGCAAGCAAGGGGCCGACGCCCAACGGCGCAGACUGGCCACCCGACGGCGAUUCUGUCACUGUGCCCGCCUGGAGUGAGCAGAACGUGCCAGGCAAGGACGUGGGUCUCGUGGCCACACGGCCCAUCCGCCGUGGUGAACGUAUCAUGGCACGUACGCCUGCUGUCAUGAUUGACGGAGCCGCGAUAGAUGCACUGCCAGUCGCUCCAUUUGCAAGUCUACUUGAGGGUGCCGCCUCUGGCCUUCCAGAACCGCAUCGCGCGCAGUUCUUCAACCUGUCUACGAACUCCGGCUUCGAUGUGCAAGACGCAAACGAGAACGAGGCCUACCAGAUCUUUGUGACCAACGCAUUUCGAACGGGCAUUGCCGACGGCGAGCCGGAUCUGCACACUCCCAACUGUGCCUACUUCUUCGACCCGGUUACUCUGUCACACAGCGUUUAUGCUGUCGUCGACAUCAUGCAGGGCGAGGAGCUGACCGUCGCCUACAUCGAUCCGAUACAAGUGCGGGCCGACCGCCAGACCAAACUUCACCGCCAUUGGGGAUUCGGCUGCACAUGUGCGAGAUGUACGUUACCGCCGCACCGCUUGGCCGAGUCCGACGACCGCGUCCGCUCUAUCCAGGCGUUAUUGACGUCCCUGGACAACUACAGUUUGCUGAUGCCGGAUGGCGUGAGCGCCAACAUCGCCAACGUGACGGUGGGCCCGUCGGCCGGCGAACUGCUGGUUCUAUUGUUUGAGCUUGAGGGUCUACAUGGCCGCAUGCACGAGGCCGAGUACCGUUUGGCCCUCGAAUGGAACGGUGUCGGCGAUGCCCUGCGCGCCACGCAAGCUGCUCGCCGCUGCCUCGACCAUGGUCUGCUGGUGCGCGGGGCCAAACAGGUCUUUUUGACCAACAUGCGGGAUCUGAUCACCGACCCGACUGCCCAUUGGAGCUGGAAAUUUCGACUGGGAAAGGGAGCCGCUGCAAAAGAGGACGAGUAG